GUUGUAAAUAGGCUUUUAGGGGGAAAUCAGGAAUUAAGCAAAACUGAGCUAUAGAAAUUCUACUGGCUGUUUUGAGUAGUCAAACUAACAGGUUUUAUUUUGAUGGAGCCACAUCUUGAAAAACAUGCAUGUAGAGAAGUUUAGCAACUCAAUUAAAAACCUAUUUUGUUGAGCAUGCACCCCUUGCAAUAAAUUUGAGUCAGCACCUACAACCGCUCUGCAGUCCUCCGAUGUAGUGCUGAUCAGGUGGUUGCAGAGCCCCUGCUAACAGCAAUAUGAUGCAGCUGGAGAGGAAAGCACAAUCCACAGAGAGGAACUGUAGCUACUCUCCAGAACAAGGCGACCUUUAAGCAUAAAUCUUUCAGAGAAAUGAUGCACUGAUGCUGCAGAAGGGACUGUGGCAACAAUGGAAUACCAGAUACCGAAAAAACGUCUUUGUCUACUGGUCUUUCUGAUUUUUAUUCCCACUGUUCUGUGCAUUUGUCCUUCUAAGUGUACGUGCUCAGGAAACAACAGAAACGUGGACUGUUCCGGCAGAAACUUGACUACACUGCCACAGGAACUUCAAGACAACAUUACAUACUUAAAUUUGUCUUUUAAUCACUUUGUUGAUCUUGAUCAUCAGCUGACCCGGUUCACCAAUUUGAGGACCCUCGAUAUUUCAAAUAAUUGGCUCAAGAACAUUCCUGCUUAUCUGCCCAAGUCUCUAUGGGAAAUAUAUGCCACGGGUAACAAUAUUAAAGUUCUUCAGAAACUUGAUACAGCUUACCAGUGGAAUCUUAAAGUGCUUGACGUUUCCAGGAAUAUGGUAGAAAGAGCGGUACUUAUCAACAAUACAUUGAGCAGCCUCAAGUUUCUCAAUCUCAGUAGCAACAAACUUUGGACAGUUCCAACCAAUAUGCCCUACAACAUAGAGACGGUGGAUCUAUCAAACAACUUCUUAACACAAAUACUUCCAGGAACACUGGUGAGGCUGCUACACCUUACAAAUAUUUAUCUGCACAACAACAAAUUCACGUAUAUUCCUGACAAAGCUUUUGACCGGCUCUUUCAACUACAAGUCAUAACACUUUUUAACAACCCAUGGUCAUGCAACGAUAAGCAAAAUAUCCCUUACUUGCUUAAGUGGGUGAAGGAAACAGCAGCCAUUGUGAUAGGGUCUCCAUGCCUCAAUCAAACUAUGUCUUGGACUAAUGCCACACCACUUUUGUCUGCUCCCACAGUUACAGACACUAACCUCACAGGUAAAGGAACAAAGGCAGCAGAAACAAAUGGCUCUCCAAUGGCAACUGACUCAAUCCAAGUGACAAAAAUACGUGAACAAUUUCGAGCAAAUGAAGUUACAUUAAGUGCUACCUUAAGCCAAACUGUAUUAUUUACAAGCACAGAUAGACCAUUACUCCUCUAUCCAGAAGUUUCGACUACUCAAAAAAUUAGUUCGCAUGAAGCAGCAGCCACACACACUAUCUACAUUAAAAAUUCAACUGAUAUGAACUCAAGCAUGAUGAGUUCAACAGGAUCAUCCACUACUCCCAUGACCCUAAGUAUUACCAGCAGAAUGCUAACAAACUACUCUAAAAUGCCUCCACAAAGCACAACUGUUACCUUAAGGAAAGAGGAGUCCACCACAAAUAUUUUUAACACUCACGCGCCCUCCAAAGCAAGCAUUUCCGAGAUGUAUUCAUUCUAUGUUGUAAUGCUUAACGUAGUGGUAAUUCUGAUUGGCUAAGGGCUUGCAUUUUCUUCUGAAAAUUAACACAUUUACUCCAGUGAGAACUAGCUGGAGGAAAACCAUCCAAGUCUAAGAGUGAAUCAAAUACAAGAAAUUCAGUUUUGAAAUUGACUCUGCUCUAAAGAAAGUAACCAUUCUAACAGAAAAAAGUGCACAAUUAAUGUCUUGAUACUAAGCUGCUACUUAUUUUAAUGUCGUACUGAGUAAAACUAACCUAUCAAAUGCUUUGUUUUUAUGAAAUGUGCUUAUUUUGUAAUUACAUUUUUAAUUUUCCUUGCACAAAAAUAAAACAUCGGAAUUUUAUGUACUGGUUUUAUGUAUGUUUUGUCAUUAAACAUCCAGAAAAAAUAAAAGGCCUGUAACAGA